AUGUCCAACUUUCUGCGACCACUGUGGAGAGUUUCAGCCUCGGCUUGGCACUGUCGUGGGCGAGGAAGCAACCCAUGGGGGAAGACUGCGAUCAGACUGUACAGUGCCCCACAACGUGACACAGUGGUAAGACAGUGGGUGCCGUCGCUGCUAGGAGUGUUUGCGUGCCUUGCUGGUAUAUAUUGGAUAAGUCCCAAUGGUGUGACACUUGGUAGGGGAGCUUCGGUGAGCCCAGGUAGCAAGGCCGAUGUCCUGAACAGUAUGGAGAGUCAGCAGCAGAGUACGGAUACGUUUGAUCCCAUUUUGCAGAUGGAUCAGUUUGGGACGGAGAAACCCUUCCUGGACGUUGAGGAGGUAGUGGUUCCCGGUGACGUCAGCAUCAUAAGUGCACAUAUAUCCAGAGAGCCCGUUCCAGGCAAACAGUUUCGAGGUGAAAAACAGUCGAUGGGUACGUCUGAUGGCGCAAGUAGGGACAAUCCGGUCUCUCUUAAAGCAGAAAUCCCUAUCGUAGAUCUGGAACACGCAUUGCCAAAACUGCAGCAGGAGGCAAAGGAAGAAAUGCCAAUCGAAAUAGAGAUGAAUGAGCUACCACUGAAAGAAGAUUCAAGUGCUGUUACCGGGAACGAGGACAGUUCAGUGCUGGCUUUGAAGGACGAUGAAAACGCGCAGAGGUCGGGGGAUCUUCAAGGCAAGUCUGGAUCUGUACAACCUUCUAUCCGUGUAAUAUACGAUGGCGAGAAAAUUCUACCAGAAAACAGCCCGCCCCAUGGUAGAUCAGAACUUGCUGGUGAGAUUGCCGCUCCAGGUUUACCUCACGAUGUCGACACUUUACCGCACGAAUUUGUUCUUGGAGAUUUGGUGAUCAUAGAACCGGGGAUGUCGAGUGAACCUCCGGUAAAAGAAACGAUGAGUGAAAGCUCUGGCUCUUGCAAAGUUCCAGCUUCCACUAACGAUAUACCUUUUGAAACAAACACUGAUGAAAAUAUUGACAUGGCAGACACUCACCCCUUCAAUAGUUCGUCAACAACUCCCAUUGAUAGCGCAAGUGGUUCUACAGAGACGACAAUGGAUCGAAGUCAAGGUACCACGCCUCUAAGCGCAGAGGAUGUAGGGACCCCAUUUGAGAAUCAUGUUCAAAAUGAGUUUGAUAUUGUUUCCAAGAGAGAAAAUGAGAAUGUGGUAGUAGAUGCAGAACAACAUUCUUUGGGAAGCGAAAAACAGCAAGUCCCCAAGAGCAUUGAUAAAAAACUUUUAGCUGGAGAAAAUAUUAAACCAAAAGUAGAUGACACUAUAGUUCGAAAGAUAGAGCCCUCCAAUUCGCAAGCUAUUCCAGAAAUUGUCUUGCAAACAAAUUUUAUCACUAACCCAGAAAGUGACCAUCUAUCGAUUGGCAGCACAGCGACUGAAAUACUGACACUCCCGUCAAAGGAAGUAUCAGAAACCGAAACCGUAGCCAGUGAAUCCGAAAGACCUGUUUACGAUUGUAAAACUAUUCAAACCCCUGAAAUAGACAGCACUAUGGGUACAACUCCAUCACGGCUUGAGGAUGACGGUUCAGCGACCAUAACAGAAACAGCGGAGGCUAAAACUGAAACAGUGUCACCAAUUCUAGAAGAGCCAACUGCGGAAAGCUUAGCUCCUUCUGUGAAACCAGCGUUGGAGGAUAAAGGUAUGGCUUACAAUCCCGAUACAGGUGAAAUUAACUGGGACUGUCCCUGUUUAGGUGGUCUGGCGUACGGUCCCUGUGGUGAGGAAUUCAGACUAGCAUUUUCUUGCUUUGUUUAUUCUGAUAAGGGCACCAAAACGGCGGAAUGUUUGGAUAAGUUCCAUGUUAUGCAAAACUGUUUCCAAGCACACCCUGACUAUUAUUUUGAUGACCAAAAUGUGAAAGUACGGGAUAUAUAG